CUCGAUUUGUGACAAGCAUCUCUUACAUCUUUAAAGAUGUUUCAAUUCAUGCGAUGCGAUGCGACCCGCAGGCACAGCACAGCAGAUAACCACAGACAAUACUGCCGUUGCUCCCGCUGUCGAUCUUCUCUAUCUUCUGUGCGACUGAGUUUAACAGAACCCCGUCAUGACGAACCCAACGUCUUCAUGCAAUGCAAUGCAAACCAAACCACAUUCUUUCUGGUCCUACAUACCCACAGACAACCUAUAAUUACACCUUCUAUGUACAGCACAUCUCCAGGUACCCCGCAUCCCACCCACCAGACCUUGCGGGGUACUAGCACGCACACACCCAACCCCAACACUGCGCGUCCGAGGCCCAAACAUGUGAAGAAACUCAAAAUUGCACACUACUUGGAUUCCGAUACCCUUCUGCGUUCUGCUGCAGAAAAACCAACCUCUAGCACGAAACCCCGGAAUUCGGCGCAAAGAGAAAAAAAAAAACCUUCACCGAACGUGUGAAACACAUCGGGCGGAUGAUCUACGUUAGUGCUGGAGGCCUGGACGGACGGGAGGAUUCCCUUUUUUCUUUUCGUCUCCGAGGUUCUGAGCUGGGGUUGUUACACGAGAUAAGGGCCGAUUGGGAAACAGCUCGUUAGUUAGUAAGGAAGAGGCACACGAGCAGUUGCCUGAUUGAAUCGCUGGCUGCCAGAGCUG